UUAUGUAAAAACACUCGUUUAGAUUGAUUUGGCAGUUGGAUUUACCUCCGUCUCACUUGACGAUUUCCUCUCUCCACUCGUCGCCCACUCCGCCCAAACAUCAACCCUUAUCCAGACCGACGGACUCUACAACACGUUCGCUCUCUGUCCCUCUCUCUCCCUCUGUUGCAAUGGCGCUCUCUCUAACCAUCUCAAGGCUGCUCUCAUCUCCCAUUGCUCAUUCUCUCUCCUCCGCCUCUCUCUUCCCGCCCAAAGCCCUUUGUCUCUCCUCAUCCGUCUCCCUUUCCUCCCUUCCUCUCAAAAUCUGCCCCAAACCCCUCAAAUUUUCCUCAGUCACCACCGCCACCACCAAAAUCUCUGCCACCGUCGCCGUCGGAGAAAAGCUCCCCGGCGCCACCUUCUCCUACUUCGACUCCGCUAACGAGCUUCAAACCACCACCGUCGACGACCUCACCAAGGGCAAGAAAGCCAUCCUCUUUGCCGUCCCAGGCGCCUUCACCCCGACCUGCUCGCAAAAACACCUCCCAGGCUUUGUGGAGAAGGCCGGAGAACUGAAAUCCAAAGGUGUCGACACCAUCGCCUGCGUCUCCGUCAACGACGCCUUCGUGAUGAAAGCAUGGAAGGCCGAUUUGAAAAUCGGCGAUGAGGUGUUGCUGUUGUCCGAUGGGAAUGGCGACUUCACGCGCGCAAUUGGGGCCGAGCUCGAUUUGAGUGAUAAGCCCGUGGGGUUGGGAGUAAGGUCGAGGCGGUACGCAAUGUUGGUGGAGGAUGGGGUGGUUAAGGUCUUGAAUAUAGAGGAAGGCGGCGCGUUUACGUUUAGCAGUGCCGAGGAUAUGCUCAAAGUUCUUUGAAUUUGUUGACAUUGGAGAAUAGGGCAUCGACUUUUUCAAUAUUGUCGUUUUGCGGUUCUCUGUUUUGGUAUUAAAAAUUUUCCCCUUGAUGUAGUAGUUUGAAUUAAUAGAAUGGAUUAAACCCGUUUAUGCUUAAA